GAGGAACGCAGUCCGCUUCCUCUCUAUGGUACUGGUGCCGGCCGAGAGCUCGCAAGGCCUGCCGGGAGGGCGGGAGUUUCCGGUCUUGGCGGUGGCGGGACUGGUUUGAAGCUGUGCUGGUUGGCGAAACAUGUCUCAGGAACGCGCGGCCCCGGCGAGCGCUGUUCCUCUGGAAGAAUUAAGCAGCUGGCCGGAGGAGCUGUGCCGCCGGGAACUGCCGUCUGUCUUGCCUCGGCUCCUUUCUAUGUAUCAGCAUUCUGACAACUGGAUUGAGCAUAUUCAAAUUCUGAAAAUUAUUGUGGAAAUGUUUUUACCUCAUAUGAACCACCUGACGCUGGAAGAGACUUUCUUCUCACAAGUGCUGCCAAAGACAGUGAAAUUAUUUGAUGACAUGAUGUACGAGUUAACCAGUCAAGCCAGAGGACUAUCAAGCCAUAAUUUAGAAAUCCAGACCACUCUAAGGAAUAUUUUGCAAACAAUGGUUCAGCUCUUAGCAGCUCUUACAGGAUGUGUUCAGCAUGUCUGUGUCACACAGGAAUCCAUCAUUCUAGAAAACAUUCAUAGUCUUCCCUCCUCAGUCCUACAUGUAAUCAAAAGUACAUUUGUACAUUGUAAGGAUAGUGAAUCUGUCUAUUCUGGACAUUUACACCUAGUUUCAGACCUUCUCCAGGCUCUUUUCAAGGAGGCCUAUUCUCUUCAAAAGCAGCUAAUGGAACUACUGGAUAUGGUUUGCAUGGACCCUUUAGUAGAUGAAAAUGAUGAUAUUUUGAAUAUGGUAAUAGUUAUUCAUUCAUUGUUGGAUAUCUGCUCUGUUAUUUCCGGUAUGGACCAUGCGUUUCAUGCCAAUACUUGGAAAUUUAUAAUUAAGCAGAGCCUUAAGCACCAGUCGGUUAUAAGGAGUCAGCUGAAACACAGAGAUAUAAUCACCAGCUUGUGUGAAGACAUUCUUUUUUCCUUCCAUUCUUGUUUACAGUUAGCUGAGCAGAUGACACAGUCAGAUGCACAGGAUAAUGCUGACUAUAGAUUAUUUCAGAAAACACUCAAAUUGUGUCGUUUCUUUGCCAACUCUCUUUUGCACUAUAUCAAGGAAUUUCUUCCUUUACUCUCUGAUUCUUGCUCUACAUUGCACCAGCUUUACCUUCAGAUACACAGCAAGUUUCCUCCAAGUCUGUAUGCUGCCAGGAUCUCUAAAGCACAACAGGAGGAAAUAGCGGGCACUUUCCUAGUUACACUGGAUCCACUCAUCAGUCAGCUUCUCACAUUCCAACCUUUCAUGCAAGUGGUUUUGGAUGGUAAAUUAGAGCUGCCAUGUGAACUACAGUUCCCACAGUGUCUUCUGCUGAUUGUCAUCAUGGAUAAGCUGCCGUCUCAGCCUGAGGAUGUGCAGGCCCUGUGGUGCACAGAGAGCCGGCUCUCGGAAGCUACAACCAGGGUAUCUCUAUUCAAAGCCGUUUUCUGCAGUUUUGAGCAGUGUGCUGGUGAACUCUCUCUGCCUAUUCAUUUACAAGGAGUAAAGAGUAAAGGGCAAGUGGAAGUUGCUGUCACCUUGUAUCAGCAUAUUUGUGUUCAUCUGUGUACUUUUAUCGCUUCCUUUCAUCCCUCAUUGUUCCCUGAACUGGAUGUUGCUCUGUUGAAUGCUGUGCUUAGUGCUAAUAUGAUCACCUCUUUGUUAGCUAUGGAUGCAUGGUGCUUCCUUUCCCGAUAUGGGACUGCUGAACUCUGUGCACACCAUGUCACCGUAGUGGCUCAUCUGAUAAAAUCUUGCCCUGGAGAAUGUUAUCAGCUCACCAACCUAUCAAUACUAUUGAGGCGACUCUUCUUCUUCAUGGCCCCGCCCCAACAGGUGGAAUUUAUCCAGAAAUUUUCCCCAAAAGCAGCAGAAAAUCUGCCUCUCUGGCAGUAUAUUUCCCUCCAGGCAUUACCCGCCGAGCUCAGGAAACAAGCUGCACAUGAGGUCACCAGAGCUGGGAUUGCACGGUGUCAGGAAUGGCUAAGCAGUAGUCGGACUUUGGGAGAACUUGAAUCUCUGAACACACUGCUCUCUGCCUUGCUUGCUGUGUGUAAUUGUGCCAGUGAAGCUCUGGAUAUUGUACAGAAAACCACAAUUAUGGAAAUUGGGAGUCAGCUUUGGGCUUUGUUAAACACUAAACUGGUAACAGGCCAACCUUACGUUCAGCAGACACUUAGUCUUUUACUUCCACUGUUGGGAUUUUUCGUUCAAACUCUAGAUCCUCAUCUGAUAAGUCAGGUAGUAACUUUGCAGACCUCACUGCUUAAAUUAGAGCCUCCUGACCAUGUUUGUUUGGCAGUGCUUGAUUUUGUAUCUUCUCUAGGAAAAUUUUUCAUACCUCAAGCUUUCCAGGACAAAAUUCUGCCCAGCCUGUCUUCUAUUUUUGCCUCGCUGCUAGCUGACAGGAAUUGGAUAGUAGAACAACAUACCUUGGAGGCGUUUACUCAGUUCGCCGAGGGAACAAACCAUGAAGAGAUAGUUCCACAAUGUCUCCGUUCUGAAGAUACGAAGAACAAAGUUGUAUCCUUCCUGGAGAAGACUGGGUUUGUAGAUGAAACUGCAGCUGCCAGAGUGGAACGUGUGAAACAGGAAAAAGGCAUUUUCCGGGAACACUUGGCUAAAGUUGCUGUAGAAGAAGCAAAGUGGUCAUCUCUACAGCCUUAUGCAAAAAGACCCCGUCAGGAGUUCCCCUUGGAAGAAGAGUACAGGUCAGCACUGCAAGCAGCAUCAGGGGCCCUGGAGGCAGUUGAGUCCUUACUCCAAAAGUCUCCUGCUCCAGACUGGCUUCUACUGAAAAUGGAGAUGCUCCAAGAAAGGAUUGAUGAGCUGAAACGACAUGUACUCUAGGGUGGCCCUUGAAUGGACUAGACCGUGUUACCACUAGAAAGAACGGGGUAUGAUUUUUACCAUCCUACACUGUACUUUGUAAAUGAAUACAUUGAUGUAACUAUGUCUGCA